UGGCACCCGUCCUGUCCUUUACAUCCCUCACCGACGGCGACGAUAUGUUUAGUCAAAAUCAGUAGUUUUACCUUACCUGCUACAGAGUGCUGAAUCGGAAACAACCAUUCGAGUCUUCCUUUGCGAUCCGCGACGGUCUGGAACCAUCAUGGACAUCAUCCAAUCUCGGUUGCAGAAUCCAGAGUUUGCUUUCUUAUCAGCCUGUCAGGAUACACCGAGUACCGAGCACCGAUGAGGCGAUUCGUCUUGCUGCAGCGAUGCAAUUCUCGGGAUUCCGCAGUGUAAUAGAUUCGAUGUGGUCUGUCAACAACGAAGUUGCUCGUCAAAUCCAUCUUAAAAAAGCCUGGUGACUAUAUAGUACUACCAACAAAGAAAAAUAAACUGUCAGUUAUUAGUAGCAGUUUAUUUCAUACAAGAACCAG